CUCUGUUGGUUACCAAUGACCACUAAUGUUUUUCUUUGCAGAACUGAAGACUACGAAGUGAUAGAAAAACCUCUUGUAAAUCGGCUUCACAUUAAAUUUCGUAUUCUUGGUAACCACGCUGCGGCAGAGGUCUUAAAAGAGGCCCUAAUUGCUUCAGGUCUUCCCGAGAUGAUCAAAACGGCACCGGCAUCUUUUAGGUCUCCACAGCGUCUGACAAACGACUCUUCUCACGGUGGAUGGACGUUUCACAGUAUUCAGAAAGACGUCACUAUCGUGCGGAAAAGGGAAGAGUGCAGUGGCAGUCUCCUACACUGUUUUAUGGGGCGAGGAGUCAUCCCGGCACCACCACCGACCGUGUGGGAGGCAGUCAAGAACCCGCUGUCCAGAUAUAUUUACGACAACAUGCUCAAGAAAAUUAAUAUUGUAGAGCAUGUGGAAGAAGGACUGAAAGUUGUGUAUAUGCUUCAUGAGACGUCUCAGUGCUUUAUGACACAUUCACGUGACUUCUGCUACGUCUCUAAAGAACGCGUAGAGGGUGACAAGUACGUGCUUGCAUCUCAGUCGAUUGAGCAUCCAAAGUGUCCUCUGACACCUUCAAUCAUCCGGGGACAGAUCAUGUCCAGUGGAUGGAUUGUAGAACCGUUAUGUGUUGAAGGACAAGAAAUGUCUCUUGUGUGGUACAUCACCAAGGUUCAUCUUGGUUCUUCUACGCUACCCUGGCGACUGAUCGACCUGCUAUCCAAACGCCAGCCCCUCAGUAUUGCGUUCUUACGGAGCUACUUAACACCUCCUUGACAAUACUGAUUAAUGACAGCGCACGGCACCAUCAGAAGUAAAGAUGGCCGCUGGAGUCAAGAUAAGGAACCCUUUGGCGUAUUCAGAGAGAUGAAUGUAUGUAUUUCAGGAGAAAAAAUUAACUCUACGUGUAACGUAAGUCUGUUUAUCUCAGUCAGAAUUAUUGUGUUUACCUGCUUUAAGAAAAAGACAUAACAAGAGUGUUAUUGUGUGCAGCAGCUUGUUAAUAUAAAUCGAUAGAUGUCAUUAAAUUCACUGCAGAAGACGUUUGAAGCAUAGGCUUUGAACGUUUAAAGCAGUUUUCAAUUGGGUGUCGAAAAAUCAACCCAAACUAAUUACGGCAUCCAAUCAGAAGAAAGCUUUUAAACAUUGUAAGUAGCCAAUGAGAACGAGUGACUCACUCACGAUUGUUUGUAGUUUAGGAUCUGAUUGGUUGAGAGAAUGGGGCGAGUUUUCUCGACCAAUCACAGAAAAGAGUUAAGUAAAAAGACCAAAGCAAUUCCAGAUGUCUUUCGACACUCAGUUGAAAAUUGUUCUAUAGUGUUAAAAAUAACGGAUUGAAAACAAAUAGGAGUGUAAAACACUCAAAUAUUUAGUCCAAAUUGUAAUAUUUUCUUGUUCACUUGCAUGUUUCAUUAUGAUGAAGGAAUAUUUUAUCUAAGGAUAAAAAAAAAUAAAUAAAUAAAAAUUUUUUUGUAAUAGGACAAAUUAAUUAAUAUUUUGGGGAAGUAAGACACAUUUAGAAAUAGUUAGUGAGUUUAGAAGGAGCUUUCUCGCGAUUUUAAAUAUAUGGAGGAUAAUCGUGUUCUAGUAAUUUUGAUGUGCUUUUGUCAGUUUUCUAUGCUUUACAGCCAAUCACAAAGAGCUGGGCAUUUAGAGGGCUGAAUUAAGAUGUUUUUGAACGGGAACACUUGUGAUGUAAUUGUAUUUCUGUGCCAGUGGGAUAAGAUAAAACUAAAUCGCACAAAAUUAAAAAGAUGCAAAUCGCAUAUGAUUAUGUGGCGAUCUGAUUGGCUAAGUGGUUUAAAAAGUCAACAAGGAUUUAUUAAGCUUAGUCUUUGCGCCCAAUUUAGAACUUAGGUUAUUGUUGACGCGAACGGCAAAGAGGUUAACCUUUUCAGAUUUUCUUCCUUGUCUCCAAGCUGCUGAAUAUAUGUGACAGAAAAGUAAAAGCAUUUUUUCACAACAAAUGCGAAAAUUUAAUUUUCUCAGAGCUCUGCUUAAACAAGACCCGGGUACCAAAGGCGAUAAACUAUUCCGUCUGGAAAAUUUGACGGACCGAUGGCCCUUGUGAAAGCUUUUAAGAGUUAAGCGCAGUUUAUUUCUGAAACCAGAUCCUCCAGGUACCUGGUGAUUUUUCGAUCUCAGGAUUCAGCCUUCAACUUUAUUUUCAAACGAGGAAAAGGCUGAAUUGAAAUUGUCACGGUUCACCGUUUGUUGGUCGUGUCAAUGUAGCUCUACAUCUAAAUCUUUCUCAUUUUCUUCGAGCAAAUGAGAAAUGUUUUUUUGUUCCUUUUAUUAUUUAAUUUAUACAGAGUAUUUGUGUGCUCAAUGAAAUGUCUGCCACAGAAACAUUUCCGCGAAGAAUACUUCCCAGUGAAAUCCACUAAUUAAAAAGUAAAAAACUGUACUGAAAUUGUUUAAAUUUAUCCAAAUUUCACCUCAUCUAUUAUG